AUGGCUUCUUUCAAUGUCUCCUAUUCUUCCUCAUCAGCCCUCUCAUGUCCCAGGGCAAGCAAACACUUCAAACUGUCCAAUGAUAUGUCUUUUGUCCGAAUGAGUUCUAAACUUCCGUCAAGCGAUAAUGCUGUUGGUAGAAUUAAAGCUACAUUGAUCUCAGGAGGAGGGGACCUACUUUCCUAUCCAAAUGGCAAUGAAAUUGUGAUACGUAAAAAUCUGGUUGGAGAUCAAUCUGUUCGAAUUGAUCUACAAUCUGAUGGAACACGAGCAGAGACAGGGAUAACAAGCAAUGGUUUCUCUGUUGAUGGUUAUGAAUUUGAUUUGGACAGCCCAACAGCAGGUUUUGCUUCCAUCUCUGAGGCCAUUGAAGACAUUCGCCAGGGAAAGAUGGUAGUGGUUGUGGACGAUGAAGAUAGAGAAAAUGAAGGAGACUUGAUAAUGGCAGCACAGUUGGCAACACCGGAGGCAAUGGCUUUUAUUGUAAAGCAUGGAACUGGUAUAGUUUGUGUAAGCAUGAAAGAGGAAGAUUUGGAUAGAUUGGAACUUCCUUUGAUGGUAAACAGUAAGGAUAAUGAGGAGAAGCUUCGUACGGCAUUCACUGUGACAGUGGAUGCUAAACAUGGUACCACCACGGGUGUGUCAGCUCAGGAUAGGGCAACAACAGUCUUGACUCUUGCAUCUAGAGAUUCUACUCCAGGUGAUUUCAACCGCCCAGGCCAUAUUUUCCCACUAAAAUACAGGGAAGGUGGUGUCUUGAAGAGAGCUGGACAUACAGAAGCUUCAGUUGAUCUUGCUGUACUUGCUGGAAUGGAUCCAGUGGCAGUUCUGUGUGAGAUUGUGGAUGACGAUGGUUCCAUGGCUAGACUACCAAAACUUCGCCAGUUUGCGGAGCGUGAAAAUUUGAAAAUUAUAUCUAUUGCUGACUUGAUAAGAUAUAGAAGAAAAAGAGAUAAGUUGGUGGAUCGCGCUUCUGCAGCUAGGAUACCUACAAUGUGGGGACCAUUCACAGCUUACUGUUACAGGUCCCUUUUAGACGGAAUUGAGCAUAUUGCAAUGGUUAAGGGUGACAUUGGAGAUGGACAAGAUGUCCUUGUGAGGGUCCACUCUGAGUGUCUAACCGGUGACAUAUUUGGAUCCGCCAGAUGUGACUGCGGAAAUCAGCUUGCACUCUCAAUGCAACAGAUUGAGGCUGCUGGUAGGGGUGUGCUGGUAUAUCUCCGCGGACACGAAGGAAGGGGCAUAGGAUUGGGCCACAAGCUUCGUGCUUAUAACCUACAAGAUGAUGGACGAGAUACUGUAGAAGCCAAUGAGGAGUUGGGAUUGCCUGUUGACUCUAGAGAGUACGGCAUUGGCGCUCAGAUGUUAAGGGACUUGGGUGUUAGAUCUAUGAAGCUGAUGACCAACAAUCCAGCAAAAUAUGUUGGGCUCAAAGGUUAUGGUUUGACAGUUUCGGCUAGGAUCCCAUUAGUAACACUCAUUACUUCGGAGAACAAGAGAUAUUUAGAGACCAAACGUGUGAAAAUGGGUCACAUAUAUGGGAAUGAAUUUAACAGCCAAUUGAGCACUCAUGACAGUGGUAAUGGUAAUGGUAAUGCCAAUAAGGUUGAUGAUUCUAAUGCUGUUACUGACUUAUAG